UCAAAAUGAUUUUUCUGAUGGACCUCCAGAUGAUGCUGCUGGAUGUGAUUUACUUCAUCCUGCGCAACUCUGUGCGAAUCGUCAUGCGCCCACGCACCAAGCCCAUCGAUGGUGAGCUGGUGCUGAUCACCGGGGCGGGGGGCGGCCUGGGUCGUCUCUUCGCUCAGGAAUUCACCAAGCACGGGGCAGAGGUGGUGCUGUGGGACGUCAACGGCAGCUCCAAUGAACAGACAGCCAAGCUGGUGCGUGAGAUGGGGGGCAAGGCGCACACCUACACGGUGGAUGUCACCAGCAGGGAGGAUGUGUAUCGCAAUGCGGACCUCGUGAGACAGGACCUGGGCCGAGACGUCACGAUACUGGUGAACAACGCCGGAGUGGUGGCAGGGAAGCGCAUGUUGGACUGUCCUGAUGAACUGAUGGAGAGGACCAUGAAAGUCAACUGUCACGCCCUCUUCUGGACAGUGAAGGCCUUCCUCCCCCAGAUGAAGGCCCAGAGUCAUGGACACAUCGUGACCAUCGCCAGCGUCCUCGGUCUCUUCAGCACAGCUUGCGUCGAGGAUUACUGUGCCAGUAAGUUUGCUGCAGUGGGCUUCCAUGAGUCUUUGGCCCACGAGCUGCUGGCUGAGGAGGUUGAGGGAGUGAGGACUACUCUUGUGUGCCCCUAUAUUGUGGACACAGGCAUGUUUGAAGGCUGCAAGAUUCGGGAGGAAGUGGAACUGCUCCUUCCCCCCCUGGAGCCCCAGUACUGUGUCGAGCAGGCCAUGAAUGCCAUCCUGAUAGACCAACCACUGGUGUGCAUCCCCCGCCUCACCUACCUGCCUGUCCUCUUUAGAGCGUUGUUGCCAUGGGAAUCCAAUGUGGCUGCAUAUCGUUUCAUGGGCUCCGACAAGUGCAUGUACCCGUUCAUUGAUACCAUGAGCAAACAGUCGUCUAAUGGCUCCAUUAAGGUUGCAUAGUUAUACCUAAGUAUAUUUAAAAGGGUUUAUGGUACACCAGUUGAUGCAAAAUAAAUAAAUUAAAAGAAAAAUCCUUCUGCUUGCGUGUGCAGCAGUAGGCUGAACUGCCCAGCUCGAGCUAGGAUUCAAUCACGAGGAUAGUCAUAAUUACUGCCAAAUGGAAGGGACUUUAGAUUUUGAGACUGAUCAUUCCGAAGCCUGUGCUAGAUGACGACUCAGCCAAGUGGUCAUCAGCACACCAAAAAUAUUUCAUCAAUGUUAAGAUGAAGUUUAAAGUCCCUUCUAAAUGUUUUCACCACAAACCUGAGAAAUGACAGGACUGUGAUUGAAUCCUGGACUGAUCAAAAUGGGAAUGGGAGUAUCUUUAAUAUCUGUAACUACAUGAUGUAUGAGAAUACUGUGCUGUACUGUUUACAUAAAAUAAAUUGAAUGAAAAUAACUAUUCUAAAUACACUUAAGAUUUGUGUGUUGCUCUUUUUGAACUGCACAUGACCUGCAAAUGAGCAAAAAAGAGGUAGUACAACUGAAAAAUAUGCACAUUGAGUAUUGAAAACUGAACUGGAAUAUGUUCUGGGCCUUCUACACUUUCUCCCUCUACCUUGUGGAUUAUGUCUGUGUCAGUGCACAUGUUUACAAGAUUGCAGUUAAGUGCUCAAAAGUGUGGUUAAUCUCAAAAGACAGCAGUGAUGAAGUAAAACAUAAUCACUGCCCAGAAAUAUUCUCACGCAAGGGAGGAGGUAUGACUAAUGAAGCAUUUCCUGCAGCAUAAUGUAAGAUUGUGCUGUUUAAAAUGUCGCCUGUAAAACUCCUAAUGUCCCAGAAUGAGCUUGUUUGGGCAGUCAAAUAAAAACGAGAGCAGCAAACCUUUGCAUAACAUGAUUUAAAUUAUUUACACUUCUCUUGAUUCUAGCUUUGUAUCAAAAGCAAGUCCCUGAAUACUUCUUUAUCAUAUGACAAAUGUUUAUAGCAGCCAAAUUCUGAUGAAAGUAAAAGGGCAUUUAUCUUUGUUAAGUUGUUCUUCUGUAGUAUUUUUCACAAAGCAGCCACAGUAGGAAGGAUUCAGACUGAAAACAGCAACACUGGAAACAUGGCCUUCAUGUUACGAGGUGUUUUACCGAGAAUGUGCACUCUGUAUUUGAUUGGCUGAUGCCGCAGCACCUUGCCAGAUAUCGUGGCGUGGUGCAGCAAAAGUUGAGGCUGGUUAAGCUUUUUUUGACGGAGGACGCUGCGCUGUUGAUGGGGCCCCUGCAUAGACAGACUGGCUCCAUUCAAAUAAAAGACUGCAUUACUUCUGGUGGGGCUAAUGUUUGUGUCAAAGUGCAUUUGAGGCUAUGCAAAGGGUUACAACUUUAAUAACUUAUCUUAAAAUUGGCUUGGAAACAUGAUUUAGAAAACAGAAAUUUGUAAAACGUCGACACAAUAUGACUAUAUCAUUACAAUAUGAUACCACUGAAAGCUGAAAAAUUCUAAUAUUAUAUCAUCAACCGGGCCUAGAUAAGCUAUAUAUCACGCCUAUAAUAGAUUAAGGAAAAGACAAGAUAACACAAGUCUUUGUUUUGUGCGCGUAAGCACGUAAGUUUAAUUACCAUGGGGAGCGGAGAGAGAAGGGAAGUUGACAUAAGGGAGGAAACGGGAGUAUCAGGAGAACCGAUGCAGCAGGGAAACGUCCCCGCCACACACAGCAGAGACAACAUCACAUUACAUCACACGCUACAUUUAGUCACAAAUUCUUCCCAGCCCUACAUGGUAAUGUCGAUAACACUUCACUUGUGGUUGUUGAUAUAAAGCACUCUAGGAAAA